ACGAAUUCGCCCUGCACAGGAUACACGCUGCAAUUCUCUGCACGCCAGAGCCAACGAAACUGUGCCAGACGCAGGCCAUGACUGUCAUCUUGAACCGGCAAUAACUGGCGUAUUUAGAAUGUCUGGCAAGGCAGCGCUCAAAGCAGUCAGGACUGCGCUGGAUUCGAAAGACUUUGAGCUUGCGGCCCAGAAAGCGAGUGAGCUUGUCCAGCAAGAACCACAGAACUACCAUGCACAUGUUUUUCUCGGCCUCGCCUAUGAUAAACUGAACAAGAAUGACGAAGCAGAGAAAGCCUACCGCGCAGCGACGAAACUGAAAGACAGCGACAAGACCGCAUGGCAGGGCCUCGUGAACCUAUACGAGAAACAAGGAAGCCACAAGCUAGAUGCAUACCGCGAGGCGACUGUGAAGCUUGCUCAGAUCUAUGCCGAUGCUGGUGAUCGUGACCGAUGUCAAGAGGUAGUCGAUAAAUAUACCACGCUGGCAAGGAAGAAGGGGACUCGUUCCCAACACAAGCAGGCGCUGGAGCUUCAACUCCCCACCAGCAGCCUUUACGAUCUCUUGGAGGGCAGGCUACCGCAUCCUUCACAGACUUAUCUCCGUCUCAUAGAAAUCGCAGAGUCAGAGGAGAAAGAGUUCAUUAACCGAGAAAUCGGCGAGAGACGGACACGGCUAGGCGCACGUAUUGACCAGGUGACGCAAGAAGUCAAGCAUGAAGCCUUCCAACGGAAUGAGCUCGAUCAGCUCUACAGGGGUAUUAUUGACUGGUCAAACGAUGAUGAGGUCCGCCGCAGGUAUGAGGAGAAGCUUCUGCAACGUGCCUAUGAUUUCCUUACCGUUCUGCCGGCGGACAAAAAACAAGGAAAGCGAGAGGAAGUAUUGAAGAUGGCUCAGGAUAUGGUUAUUAUCAAGCACCCUUUUGAUCUUGCCUGGAAGAUUGUACUUGAAUGGCAAGAUGUCGAGGACUUCUCAGCCUGGGAUCUUGGCUUGCUAAAGGAGUACAUCGAGUUCUUCCCCGAGGACGGGCUCAGCAAAGUUUUACAGGGCUUCCUCACAAGCGACAUCUCUCCUUUUCCCAAGGAAACCGUUGCUAAUGACAAGGAGACACAAGAGAAAAUCGCAGAAGCCAAUGGAGAAAUCAACGGAGAGAUAAACGGGGAAACAAGUGGUGAAAUUGCUGCACAGGAUCGCCUCAUCCUCAUGGCUGAAGGACUUGAUCUCGCUUCAACCUCCAUUAUCGCCCAUCGGAUUGUGAGCGAACUCUAUCUGACUUUGGAGGAAUAUCAAAGCGCUGUAGAUGUUGCGCGGAAGGGAUUAAGGAAUAUUAAUGAUGUGGUCAAACUGACUGGAUUGGGUCUUCCGAAUACGACCGAUGCGGUCAACAUCACACUAGCGAACGCUUUGAUCUCCUACCAGUCGCCUAGGAAUCAUCCGGAAGCCAAGCAGAUCUUCGAAGGCAUCUUAAAAAGGAAGCCGACAUCGACAAGUUGUCUUCUGGGCAUUGGGUUGAUCCUCGAAGUCGACGAAGACUUUGCCGAAGCUGUUGAUUUCCUGGAACGAGCUUUACAACGAGAUACGGCCAAUAUCAAAAUCAAAGGUGAGCUAUCGUGGUGCAGGGCACUUAAUGGAGAAUUGGAGGUCGGGUUACAGGGGCUCGAGGAUGUCUUGGCAGAGAUUCAGAGCUCCAAGGAGCAGAAUCGAGAUUUCAAGGCCGAGAUCCUGUAUCGGAUCGGCUACUGCAAAUGGGAGUUGGACCCAUCACCUUCUGCACGGAAAGAUCGAAAUGGAGCAUACGCUAGCUUUCUAGCAUCCAUACAGGCAAACAUGAACUACGCACCGGCCUACACAAGCCUCGGCAUUUUCUAUGCAGACUACAAGAGAGACAAAAACCGAGCGCGACGCUGCUUUCACAAAGCAUUCGAAUUGUCAUCAUCGGAAGUCGAGGCUGCCGAACGGCUGGCGAGAGCUUUUGCGGACCAGAAGGAGUGGGAUCUCGUUGAGGCUGUAGCACAGCGUGUCGUCGAUUCUGGAAAGGCAAAACCCGCACCGGGAUCGAAGAGGAAAGGCUAUAGCUGGCCGUAUGCAGCACUUGGAACAGUACAGAUUAACAAGCAACAGUAUUCCAAGAGUAUCGUCUCUUUCCAAGCUUCGCUGAGGAUAUCUCCUCAGGAUUACCAUUCCUGGGUGGGCCUCGGAGAGAGUUACCACAAUUCGGGUCGGUAUAUAGCGUCCACAAAGGCCUUCGAGCACGCUCAGACGCUCGAAGACAAGCUCUCAGAGUCUGACAAGGAAAACAUCUGGUUUGCUCGGUAUAUGUUGGCCAAUGUGAAACGCGAACUUGGCCAAUAUGAAGAAGCGAUUACGAGAUAUGAAGAAGUGCUUAAGAUACGGCCAAAUGAAUUUGGGGUGUCGAUAGCGCUCCUACAGACCCUUACUGAAAGCUCUUGGGCGUGUGUGGACUCUGCCCUUUUUCAUGAGGCUGCUGAGCUUGCAUGCAAGGCUAUCGGGGUUGCUACAUCAAUUGCCAACGAGAGGCCCGCUGUCUUCAAUUUAUGGAAAUCGGUCGGAGAUGCCUGCGCUAUCUUCUCAUAUGUGAAGUUAAAGGCCUCCCUUUUGUCCUUCCAUGACGUAACGGCCCUGCUAGCAAUCAAUCUGGACGAGACAGCUUUCGACAUUCUUUCUGACAUAGACGAGCUUGGCGGAGAUUAUUCGUCAGUUUUCGGUUUCGAAGAAGACGGCGCCUCCGCACAGUCAAAUGCAUGCCUAUACGCAACAAUACUCGCCUACAAGCGAGCAGUUUCAGUCUCUGCCGACGAUGUCCAUGCUCAAGCGGUGGGCUGGUACAAUCUGGGAUGGGCGGAGUAUCGAGCAUAUAAAUGCCUGUCCUCCGGCCCAAGUAAGAGAGGAAAGAAGGUUCCACGAAGGUUUUUGAAGGCAGCUAUUCGUUGCUUUAAGAGGGCCAUAGAAUUGGAAGCUGGAAACUCAGAGUUCUGGAACUCUUUGGGCGUGGUGACAACGAAUUUGAGCCCAAAGGUUGCCCAGCACUCAUUUGUUAGAAGUCUCCAUCUGGACGACAAGAGCGCCCAAGUAUGGACGAACCUAGGCGCAUUCUAUCUCCUGCACAACGACGUGCAGCUUGCAAACGAGGCUUUCACCCGCGCACAAUCGGCUGAUCCGGAUUAUGCGCACGCAUGGAUUGGCCAAGGAUUUCUUGCCCUUCUGUUUGGCGAUCCAAGAGAAGCUAGAGGAUUGUUCGAACAUGCCUUUGAAAUCUCCCCGGCCUCCUCCGUCCUGGCCAAGCGUCAAUAUACCCUUAGUCUGUUCGACCAUCUUCUCACAGACACAUCUUUGUCAAAUGAGAUAUCGGAGCUUAUCCAGCCAUUCUUCGCGCUUCAUCAACUUCACUGCCAGGUUCCCACUGAUCUAGCUUUCGAGCACCUCGGCGCACUUGUAGCCGAGCGCAUUGGCGAGUAUUCGGUAGCCGAGACUAAUCUUCAAGCUGUGUGCUCGGGCGUCGAAGCUGAAUAUGAAGAGACUGAGUCAGUAUCUGCACAGUUGCGUUUCGCGCAAGCUAAUGCAGAUGCUGCUCGUACACAUCUCGCCCGUUACGAACUUGAAGAGGCAGUGGAGAAGGCCGAUACCGCGCUGAACCUGUCCGACGACGAGGACGCCCAGAAGCUAGAUCCCGAGGGUACCCGCAAGUUGAGACUGUCUGCACACUUGACGGCGGGACUGGCGCACUACUACCUGAAAUCCAUGGAUCAGGCAAUUGAUAUGUUCCGCGAUGCGUUGAAAGAGGCAGAUAAUUCACCGGAGGUUGUGUGUCUCCUUGCGCAGGUCCUCUGGGCCAAGGGUGGCGAAGAGGAAAAGAACGUGGCGCGCGAGCAACUGUUUGAUUGUAUCGAAUCUCAUCCGGACCAUGUUGGAGCCACCACGCUACUUGGCGUCAUUGCUCUGCUUGAUGCUGAUGAUGAUGCGAUCGACGCCGUCGAAGCUGACCUGCAAAGCAUGAGGACAAGGGAUGAUGUCGGGAUCCACGAACGUGCAAAAGUCGUCAAACUGUUGACUGUUAUGUCAGCAUUGGGACUCACAGGUGAUCCAAACUUGUCAGAGGAGAUGAGGCAGAUCGGAGAGGCUACAUCAUCAGUGAUGUUGACUCCCGGUCAACCUGAGGGCUGGAUACAACUCGGAGCUGCUUCAGGAGAACUGUAUCCCGCAGAGAUGGCCGUGAAGACGGCUCUGCAGAAUAUCCCCCCUAGAGGCAAAUUGGAAGCUGCAGAUCUUAGUCUGGCAUAUGCAAGGACGGGUCGCGUUGGAGACUCGUUCAGAUCAAUCAUGGUGGCGCCAUGGAGAAAGGAUGGGUGGGACGAGCUUGGACAUGCUCUCUCUGGUUCUGCGUAGUUACGGUUCAAUGAGGUGUAUGUGAUCAUGACCGUAGACAAUGUAUGUACUAUAAGAAUACCAAAAUAGAGUAAC